AUGCACAUAGGUAUUGAUGAAGAGUCAGCCAAGCUUUCUCUUGGCAUUGAAGUCCCUAUUCCCGGGCCAAAACCAUUGCCUAUCCUCGGCAACAUCUUGGACAUCGAUCUCGUCAGCCCUCUGGACUCCCUUAUUGGGCUUGUUAGCGAAUACGGCCCCAUUUUCUCUCUUACCUUCGCCGGCACGAGGGAAAUAACGAUCUCAAGUCGCGAGCUUGUGAAUGAAGUCAGCGAUGAGAGCCGGUUUUGCAAGAUCGUCACGAGUGGUAUUGAGACAAUGCGAGCAGCAGCCGGCGACGGGCUCUUCACAGCGCAGCACAAUAAUCAUACUUGGGGUGUGGCACACCGCAUCCUCAUGCCGGUGUUUGGACCCUUGAAAAUUCGCAGCAUGUUUGACGAUAUGAACGAUCUUUCUGAGCAGUUAUGUCUCAAGUGGGCCCGACAUUGUCAUUCUGCACCUAUUGAGGUGGCCGAUGAUUUUACUCGGCUGACACUGGACACCAUUUCUCUCUGCGCCAUGGACUAUCGCUUCAAUAGCUUCUAUCUCGACAAGAAGGCUCAUCCAUUCGUGGAGAGCAUGGUGGAAGUCCUCGCUGAAGCGGAUCUACAAGCCGUUCUUCCUGACGUUUUCAGCCUCCUUCGGCCCAGAGCGAUGUCCAAGUUUCGAAAUAACAUCGAGCAGAUGCAGGCUACUUGUCGCGAUAUCAUUGCUCAGAGGCGUCAGGCUAACGGCAAAAAGAUACCCAACGACCUCCUCGAUGCUAUGCUCAACGGCAAGGACGCGGAGACUGGUGACUCUCUGAGCGAAGAGGCAAUCGUACACAAUAUCAUCACUUUCCUGGUCGCUGGUCACGAGACUACUUCAGGUCUUCUGUCUUUCGCCAUCUACUACUUGGUAGAGCAUCCCCAGGAGUUGAAGAGGGCACGGGAGGAGGUGGACAGGGUCGUGGGUCAUGGUCCAAUCAAUGUGGACCAUCUUCAGCAACUCCCCUUUUUGGACUCCGUCUUUCGAGAGACAUUGCGUCUUAUGCCCACAGCGCCUGGAUACUAUGUUACCCCAUUUAAGGACGAGAUCAUCGGUGGAAAGUAUCUGGUUAAGCCAGGUGAAGCUUUGUGUGUUCUCCUGCACACACUUCACCGUGAUCCCAAAGUUUGGGGUUCCGAUGCGGAAGAAUUCAGGCCUGACAGGAUGAGAAACCUGGAAGACAUCCCUCAGAAUGCCUGGAAGCCUUUCGGCAACGGUAUGCGUGGUUGUAUUGGUCGAGCCUUCGCUUGGCAGGAGGCCCAACUCGUUAUCUCAAUGAUUUUGCGCAACUUCGACCUUUCCAAAGGCGACCCCGACUACAGACUCAAGGUCAAGCAUCUUCUCACCAUCAAGCCCGCCAACUUCAAAGUUCGUGUUAGCUUAAGAAAUGACAAACGCCCGACGGACUUCCUGAAAAGCCUGAAAACGAUUCCGGAGCCCAUGCCGAAGCCCAUUGCCAAUCCUACGGUGAUCAGCCCUUCGUUGCUCGGCCCAAUGACCAUUCUAUUUGGUUCAGAUACAGGCACCUGCGAGGCAGUGGCUCAGAGAAUCGCCGUUGAAGCUGGGUCGAAGGGAUACAACCCAGUAGUCAUGCCUAUGAAUGACGCAGUUGAUCAGCUACCGCAAAAUCAGCCUGUCAUUCUUGUCUCUGCUUCCUAUAACGGGCUACCGUCUCGCAACGCAGCCAUGUUUGUGCCUUGGGUUCAAGGUCUCAAGCUCGGAGACUUGCAGCAUUUGAAGUAUGCCGUUUUUGGUUGUGGUCACAGAGAUUGGCCAGCGACUCUAUUCAAAGUUCCCAGGUCUCUUGAUUCGAUUCUUGAAACAGCCGGAGGACAGAGGCUGUGCACACUGGGAGUCGCAGACACAGCAGCUACUGAUGUCUUCUUCGAAGUUGAGAAGUGGCUGAUGAACGACUUGUGGCCAAUUCUCCUGGGAUAUCCUGCCAUGAGAGCGACCAGGCCAAAGUCGGAUAUCGAUGUGGAGCUCACGCUUGAAGAUCCCCCACGGGUUACUUUGCGCAGUGGCUUUGUUGCAGCCACAGUCAAGGAUUCCCGAGCCUUGUCGGCCGAGGGAGUCCCAGCAAAGAGACAUCUUGAGCUAGAGCUGCCACCUGGGACAUCUUAUGAGGCUGGUGGUCACGUCCACAUCUUGCCGGUGAAUAAUGCACAGCUAGUGCGCCGAGCUCUAUCGUAUUUCAGGUUGAGCGGCGAUGUUGUCCUCACGAUUCAGUCUGAAUCUGGACGCCCACUCCCGGUCCCAAGCAAUACCCCUGUGACAGCAUGGGACCUGUUUGCAUCUUAUGUCGAGCUGACAGGUGCGGCAACUCCUGGAAAUAUUCAGGUAAUGAGUGAGCUGGCAGUCUCAGAUGAGACCCGCAGAGCCUUAGAGACCUUGUCAAAAGGCUUGCUUAGCUCGGAGCCGCGCAAUAGGGGCCUCAGUGUCCUUGAAGUACUGGAGUCCUAUCCGGAUCUCAAUCUCCCGCUUUCGGAGUUCCUGAUCAUGUUACCUCGGAUGCGUCCUCGUACAUACUCUUUCUCCUCUUCCCCUGCUUGGCAACCCAAUUCCGCCACCCUUACUUACACUGUUGAGAAAAAGGGUGUAGCUUCAAAUUACUUGGCUUCACUCCGCUCAGGAAGUAUACUCUUCGUUUCACCCUUGCCGUCGACACCUCACUUCUGCCUUCCAAGCGCAGCGACUCAAGCAACGACGCCGGUCAUCAUGAUUGCUGCGGGGGCUGGUCUAGCCCCGUUCAGAGGCUUCAUACAAGACCGCGCAAUCUCACUACGUUCCGGUGCUACGUUGGCGCCGGCGCUUUUGUUUUUCGGCUGCCAUGGACAGCUUCUCGAUGACAUGUAUCGAGAUGAACUCGAUGACUUCGAGACUGAAAAUGCUGUCAAAGUCUUCCGCGCCUUCAGCCGAGACGGAGAUAUGUCAUGCAAGCAUGUAACUGAUCAGCUUCGGGACCAUCUAGGGGAAGUCUCCGCUCUGUGGGAAGCAGGGGCAAAGUUAUAUGUAUGCGGUGGAAAGAAGAUUUCGGAUUCUGUGUUCGAUGUCCUUCGCAUCGCCUUGUUCAAGGAUGAGGAAAAUACAGGGAAAGAGGCAGGUGCAGCAAAUAGUGUCCAGAAGUCCUUUGGUAUGGCUCCGAAGAGCAGAUACGUUGUAGAUGUGUUCAAUUGA